GAUCCACUUCAACCCAUCAAUCAUCAUCGUCAAUGAACAGUCUGUCUGAGGAUUGAAGAGCUGUGGAAGAGGUCAGCCAACCUGAUGCAAACCGAAGCUCAUUGUUCUUAGCCACUUGAAACACUCGUAUCCAUUUUGCCUAUUGUGUAUCCAGGUUUCAUCUUUGUCAGCUUUGGUCUGACCUGAAGAACUCAAUCUUGAUAACAUCUGAAGCCUCCUUCUUGGCUUGUCACGAUGAAGCUGGUCAUUGGUAUCCUUCGAUCCGUACGCCCAAGAUUGGGGAAUCCUUUCACACGACCCCUGCAACCCAUUCGCUGGGCCAGGUUCCAGGCAUUCGAGGCAGAGUUUGACCCUGAAGAGCUGGCAAAGGCGAGAUCAUGGCACGCGACCUUCGACGGUAGCCAGCUUCCCAAGGGCCAGACAAGUUACGCGCGCUCAAGCGGCCCCGGUGGACAGCACGUCAAUAAAACUGAAAGCAAAGCCAUCACUGUGUGGCCUGUGAAGGACCUCCUGUCGGUUUUGCCGAAACUGCUGCACCGAGGCAUCAGAGAAUCGAAAUAUUACACGGCCAGAUCGGAUUCAUUGACGCUGCAGGCACAGACGCACCGGCACAGAGAGGCCAACACAGAAGAGAACCAGCAUAAACUCAUCGAUGAAGUUAAGAGGAUAUACGCAGAGACAGUCCCAGGCGAGACGAGCCCGGACAAGAAGAAGAAGCACGCCGAGAUAGCAAAGUCAUUCAACGAAGGACGGCUCAGGCAGAAGAAACAGCUGGGCUCCAAGAAGCAGAGUCGACGGUCGGCAUUCGACUGAGUGGCCGACCCAGAGAUGGUACAUAGGUGUAUAUGGUGGCACGCGUGGCACGCGUUGCACGUGCGCUCGCUAUUUCGGUCCAGCGCCGCGAGUAAUGGGGAUUCGAACCGCAUGGCGGUGGUGCUGAAUCGCGGCGUGCUUUGCUCGCCUAGCUCAAGCCGGCACAGGUGACUAAGACAUGCACAUACACACCGGCCCGUUGUGGACGUUGAGAAGGGCGAGGUGGGGUAUUAAGGGGUCCAAACUGCAGACUCCAGAGCUGAACCAAGGUGCGGCCUUGGGCACAGGAACGUUCUGGGCCCUGAACUUUGAGUUUAGAGGACAACUGCAGAACUAACUGCAACUUUCCGAACUCGCCUUCUUUUCAAGGGUCCUUCUCCAGGACGGAUGAGGAGACGACAAGGAUUUGCGGAGCCGACCGGGUUGCCGGGUAUAACCAUGGUGCCCGCUCGAUGCUGGGUUAAAGAAGAGGUAGAAGGAAAUUCGGUGCAUUUAGCAGGUGAGAAGCGCUCGGGUAUCGAUGGCGGGGAACAAAGAAAGAUGAUAUGGCAUAAGAUAUUUGUAGAAACAAACCUACUCUCAUCCCGGGGCAUACAAUAACAGUAUUU